AUGGCCAAGUUGAUCCUUCUUACCGGUCUGGUGUUCCUGCUGAAUGCACAGAUAGGUUCUGCCUAUGUGCUAUCAUGCUACUUCACCAACUGGGGCCAAUAUAGACCAGGCCUUGGGCGCUACAAGCCUGACAACAUUGACCCUUGUCUGUGUACUCACCUGAUCUAUGCCUUUGCUGGGAUGACCAACGGUGAGAUUGCCACCAUUGAAUGGAAUGAUGUCACGCUUUACAAAUCUUUCAAUGGCUUGAAAAACCAGAAUGGAGAACUGAAGACUCUUUUGGCAAUUGGAGGCUGGAACUUUGGAACAGCUCCAUUCACUGCAAUGGUUGCCACUCCUCAGACCCGCCAAACCUUCAUCAACUCUGUCAUCAAGUUCUUGCGUCAAUAUGAGUUUGAUGGGAUAGACUUCGACUGGGAAUAUCCUGGCUCCAGAGGUAGCACUCCUCAAGACAAGGCCCUUUUCACUGUCCUGGUUAAGGAAAUGUUGGCAGCCUUUGAGGAGGAGGCCAAACAAGUGAACAGACCCAGGCUCAUGGUCACUGCUGCUGUGGCUGCUGGACUUUCCAAUAUUGAGUCAGGCUACCAGAUUCCUGAGCUUGGCCAGUAUCUGGACUAUUUCCACGUGAUGACCUAUGACUUCCAUGGCUCCUGGGAGGGUUAUACUGGAGAGAACAGUCCUCUAUAUAAAGGUCCUGCUGACACUGGUAGCAACGUCUACUUCAACAUUGAUUAUGCCAUGAACUAUUGGAAGAACAAUGGUGCCCCAGCUGAGAAACUCAUCGUUGGAUUCCCAACUUAUGGACACACCUUCAUCCUCAGCAACCCAUCCAAUACUGCUAUUGGUGCCCCCACAUCUGGGGCUGGGCCUGCUGGACCUUACACAAGACAAUCUGGCUUCUGGGCUUACUAUGAGAUCUGCACUUUCCUGAAUAAUGGAGCCACACAAGCCUGGGAUGGUCCUCAAGAUGUACCCUAUGCCUACAAAGGGAAUGAGUGGCUUGGGUAUGAUAAUAUCAAGAGCUUCAAUAUCAAGGCUGAGUGGCUGAAACAGAACAACUUUGCUGGUGCCAUGGUUUGGUCCCUUGACUUGGAUGACUUCACUGGCACUUUCUGCAAUCAGGGCAAAUACCCUUUGAUCACCACCUUGAAGAAUGCCCUUGGACUUCAGAGUGCUAGCUGCAAAGCUCCUUCCAAGCCCAUUUCUCCCAUCACAGCAGCCCCCAGUAGUGGCAGUGGAAGCGGAAGUGGAAGCGGCAGCUCUGGCGGCAGCCCCAGCAGUGGCGGUUCAGGAGGCAGCCCAAGCAGCUCUACAGGCAGUGGCUUCUGUGCUGGCAGAGCUGGAGGCCUCUAUCCAGAUCCAUCAGACAAGAACAGCUUCUACCACUGUGUGAAUGGGAGGACCUUCCUGCAGCAUUGCCAGGCCGGACUUGUCUUUGACACCAGCUGCUCCUGCUGCAACUGGGCAUGAAGAGAUCAGGGUUACAUGCAAUACCCUUCCUAAUCUACACGUAGCUGCAAAGUGAAAUAAAGUUCAGCAAAAGCAA